CCCGGAGGCCAGCCAGUCGGCGCGCAGAUACCACGCCAGUUGCGGUCUCCCUGCGGCGCUCUGAGGCAUCCUUGCUACUGUCCCGUGCUCGUAGGAUCUCUUGGCGUGAAUUCCUUCAGGAUCUUGAGUUAUUUUAAAGGAGCGAGAAGGAGGUACGCGUAGGAUAUCGGCGGCUGGAGGAUCGGGAGCGCGGGAGUCGGGCGUGAAUAGGUCGCUGCGUCGGAGAAGAAGAGGGAGGACUUAGCGUUCCAAAAUGGCGCUGGGGAAGGGCAAGGGGAAGAUGGAGGAGCACCUCGAGCUGCUCCAGUACCUCAUCUACAUCUUCAACACCGUCUUCUUCUGCGCCGGUGCGGCCAUAUUUGCUUUGGGUUUGUGGAUCAGGUUUGACGAGUACAUGAUGGACUACGUGAACGGCCUGGGCAUGUACCACUACUGGGUGGGCACGUCGACCGUCAUGGCUGGAUCCGCCCUCGUCAUGAUCACCGCUUUCCUGGGUUGCUGCGGCGCCUUCUUCAGGAGCAAAUUUCUGAUGCUCGUCUACAAGAUCAUGACGGUGGUGACUUUCGGCCUCCUGCUGGGGGGAUCCGCCUACGUGCUGGACAACGGCCUGGAGGACUCGCGCAUCUACCCGUGGCUGCAGGAGGCCAUCAGGAACAAGAUCUACCAGUACCAGUGGGAUGUCUCGGCGAGGAGGACCGUCGACAUCCUGCAGGAAUAUGUGAGUCGCUGGAGAUUUUGCUCUUCGGGUCAGCGCGGCGGGAGGCGCGGCCGGAGGGGGCCUUGUAUUGGCACGUGGCGGACAGGAUUAUCUCUUCAUUCGCUUUGUUUACUAAAAAAUCUGACCCGUGAUCUUGCUCUUAAUAUAACUGUAUCACCCUUUCAGUGCUUCGCCAUGAUGUUCGCCUUCUGCAUGUGGCAGGCGCUCAAGGAGAUCCAGAAAGGAAACUAAUCACAGAAAUCGUCCGGUCAAAUGAUCGCAGAAGAAAAUGCACGUUAUAUGUCCUUGUGUCCUUCGUCAGCGCCUAACAAGUUUUAUACCUCACUGUUUUAUAAAUCCUGAAAAAAAUGAAUGCUUGUAUUGUCACUGUGUAGCUCCAUUGUGGUGUGAAUGUGUCAAUUUGUAUACGGUGCAAAGUGACACCGUUUUACGAUUAGUUUUAUUUUGGUUGCUCAAGUACUUUCCUCGUUUUUUAUGAUUUGUACUGUAAGAAUGAUGACACUAAUUUACUCUGUGAGUAGAAAACUGUCCAACUAAUAUUUGGAAAAAGAAAGUUAACUGGAUGCUGACAAUAAACUGGUCAUUCAAGAACCUAGGUUCAUCGGUGACUUCUAAAAUUAACAGUGUGUUUAGAUUAUCUUCGUUUCUGAAAUGACGUAUGGAAUAAGACUUAGUUUCUAAAGCCCGAGCCCCACCAGGCAGACUCGGUCCUGAGCCCUGAGCCAUCUCAGGACCUUACCCCGGACGCCCUAUGUUCCCCGCAUAUAUUGGUUACAUUGCAGAAACACUCUGCAAGGCUUGCAGUAUCUAUGCUAACUACGAAUGCCUUGGUGUUAUAGCUGGCUAAUAGUAUUAAUAAACUUCUGAGGCAGUCAUGGACUAUAUACCAAUAUUCCCCGCGAGAAAAUUGUAGGAUUUUGACAAAGAACGCUUCCCGACUUGUAGGUUUCGGGCUGACAAGGCGAAGGCGACCUCGGCUUAACAAAGGAACACCCCGGAAAGGUGGCAAAAAGGCUUGCUCUUUUCUGGCAGAUUAACCUCCAUUCGCCAGUGUAUAUCUGUUUCGUGUAUUUUCCAUUCAUUGCUAGAUACAGUAGGUAAUUCAUUUACACUAUUCAUCAGCUCUGAACUGAUUCUAUAGGGAAUAUAGCGGGGAGGUCGAUUGGCAUUGCAGUCUGACCAAACCAAUUAAGUCAGCUUCCUUAUAAUGUAUUUUUGCCCUGUAAUCUACACUGUAUUAGGUAAGAUAUGUUUACUAAUAUUCUUUUUGAAUUUUUGGAAUAAAAUUGAUUUAUCAUAUAAA